AUGCUGCGACAUCUUCCCUUUGCGCCGUCGACGACGCCUUUACAGGCACUGACGUACCUCCUCGGUAUCUCGCUCUUUUCCAUCUCGUUUCUUGUCUUUUUGAACAGCUCUAUUUCUUUUGUCAUCACCGAUUUGAUUGGACAGAAGGAGGGCGUUGGUGAUGUUGUGGGAACGCUCGGCUUCGUCGAUGAGCUUGUUGCUCUUGUUGCCUGUCCGGGAUGGGGUCUUGUGUCGGAUCGGCUGGGUGUGAGAUGGGUUGCUGUUAUUGGAUAUGCGAUAAUCGCUGUAUCGCUGGCUCUGUUUGUCCAAGCGAAGACGAUAUAUCCGCAACUGUUGCUGGCUCGCGUGUUAUUCGCAAUCGGCGCAUCUGCAGCGGCUACAAUGGUGACCGCGAUUCUGCCAUCCUUGACCGACGACAGUAAUGACGAGGAGGACGAAGCCAAGGCCAGAAUACAGGCGCUUCAGCAUGCGACAGCUCGAAACAGCAUUGCCUUUUCUGUCGAAUCCGAAUCGACCAUCACCCAGGAGCGAUACACGCAGUCAGUCUCCGAACCAAGCACAACCGAUACUGCAGAUACUGCGGCCGGACGACCUUCGAAGCUAGCGGGAUUCGUCGGACUGUUCACGGGUUGCGGUGCGCUUGUCGCAUUGACGCUAUUCCUUCCUCUACCCGCGCAAUUUAGCAAGGAUAAGGAUACCACACCUGCUGAAGCGGUGUCUUAUAGCUUUUACGUUGUCUCUAUUGUCUCGUUGGCCGUGUCUGUGUUUGUCGCGAUCGGCCUGCGCAACAUCAAGGGUGAGGAAGGCAAGGGCUGGAGGACGCUCUUUGGACUCAAGGAUGAGCAUGACUCGGCUUUAGGGGCAGGUAGGAAUGGCCGUGAGCGACGUAAGGUGGCGCCCUAUUUAAGCCUGAUGAAGGACUCCGUCUUCCUGGGCUUUGUUGACUCACGAAUCGGUCUUGGAUAUGUCGGCGGCUUUGUUGCUCGAGCCUCCAGCGUUGCGAUUUCGCUCUUCAUCCCUCUGUUCGUCAACACAUUCUACAUCAGCAACGGUUUCUGCAAAGGCUCGCCUCACGACUCGUCGCCGGAGCUCAAGGAGGAGUGCAGAGCUGCAUAUGUCCUAUCUUCCAUCCUCACUGGCGUAGCGCAACUCAUGGGUCUCAUCUGCGCUCCGGUUUUCGGAUACCUUGCCAGCCGAACUGGUCGUAUCAACUACCCCAUCGUCGUCUCGACCGUCUUUGGCAUCAUAGGCUACAUCGCCCUACCACAGCUCUCAAGUCCCGAGAUCAAGAAUGUGGACGGUCGAGGCGGCAGCCCAGCCAUCUUUGUGGUCGUGUCGCUUCUCGGCAUCAGCCAGAUCGGUGCCAUCGUCUGUAGUCUAGGCUCUCUCGGUCGUGGAGUGCUCGCGGUUGAACUACCCCGAACUGCGCGCCCUGAGAGUCUCCUGCAGCCAGAUGAGUACGAAUCUGCCAACGAAGAGAGCCGGCCUCUCAUCAACAUCACAACAGACCAAGAAUCUACAUCGCGCAUCCGCCUCAAGGGCUCUAUUGCAGGCGUGUACUCUUUGUGCGGCGGUUUCGCCAUCUUGCUACUCACGAAAUUGGGAGGAUACUUGUUUGACAAGCUGUCCAACGGUGCGCCUUUUUACAUGAUGGCUGUUUUCAACGCUGUUUUACUUGCAUUUUCUCUUGGGAUGGAUGCUUCGCACACGUUUUCGCAUCGAGCGUAA